AUGAGAGUCCAGAAGGUCUGCACGAUGCAAUGCGAACCUGAUAGUCGCUGUCGGCAGGGCCCAGUGACGCAACAAUUGCCGCGCGAGAAGAGAAUUGAGUCCGAGACACCACCACCAGCUUCAAGAUCAUCAUUUGCGUACUUGGCAUCCCUCGGAGGGAUUGAAAGCAACAUCCCAUCACCUGAGCCAGUUCCGAUCAACCUUAAAGCCGUUCCAGAUGAAGCUGACGUGACGGCGGAAAGAAUGAAGUUCAACAUGGGCGUGUUCCGAUUUGCCAAUGGUUCGGAUAAAGCGCUAUUGAUUCUUGGCAUUGUGAUGAACCUCGUCAACGGUUGUGCUAUGAGUAGUCCAAUUUUCUCUGUUGUAGGCAUUGCAUCCUUCGUUGUGAGCGCCAUUGGAGCGGCUGCUAUCGAUCUUGCCGCAGAACGACAAAUCAGAGAAAUGCGGCAUCAUUACUUGGACGCUGUCAUGCGCCAGGAAAUGGGAUGGUAUGAAGUGCAUCUGGAUGAAAGUCGCAAGCAAGGAGUCAAGGGAGGUUUAUCGAUGGGAUUCGGUCUUGGAUUAACGCUAGGCGUCAUGUUUCUCUCUUAUAGUCUUGGAAGCAGAUGCGAAGGAGAUUCGUGUUUUCGUGGGGGAAACGCCCUCGCGGUUUUCUUCGCCGUGAUCAUCGCCGCAUUUUCGCUUGGACAGGCUGGACCGCCGUUAACUAGUUUCCUCAAAGCGGGUGCAAGCGCGGAAGAUUUGCUCGCUCUUAUCGACCGCAAGUCAAAAAUUGACGUUUAUGACAAGAGUGGAAAAACUGACGUGAACAUUAAAGGAGAUGUUGUGUUCAAAAAUGUUCAUUUUCAUUAUCCAUCGCGUCCUGAAAAGCAAAUAUUCAACGGGAUCAAUCUUCACAUUCCAGCUGGGAAAACCGUUGCGCUCGUUGGAGGGUCUGGCUGCGGGAAAUCAACAAUUAUUCAGAUGGUUCAACGGUUUUAUGACCCUGAUGAAGGAGAAAUCUUGAUUGAUGGGGUUGCAGUCAAAGAUUACAAUACAACGUGGAUUCGGGACCAAAUGUCCUUAGUCAGUCAAGAGCCGCGAUUAUUUGCUCGUUCAAUCGCUGAAAAUAUUCGGGACGGUAGACUUGGUGCGACAAUUGAUGAAGUUCAAAGCGCGGCCAAAAACGCAAACGCUUGGAGCUUUAUUUCGGAAUUCCCUGAAAAGUUUGAUACUUUUGUUGGAGAAGGAGGUUCUCAGCUUAGUGGUGGACAGAAGCAACGCAUUGCUAUUGCCCGUGCCAUGCUUCGCGAUCCAGCCAUUCUGAUUUUGGAUGAAGCCACAAGCGCGCUGGACAACGAGUCGGAAAAAGUUGUGCAAAGUACUCUUGAUGCUCUUGUCGCAGCACGCAAACGAACAACAAUCGUUAUCGCCCAUCGUCUCACUACAAUUCGUAAUGCUGAUCUCAUUAUUGUUUUGGAUAACUCAAAUGGCAAUGGAGCAGUUGUCGCUGAACAAGGUCGUCAUGAUGAAUUGAUGGCAAUUCCAAAUGGCAUUUACCAGAAUUUAGUAAACGCGCAAAAAUUACAAGGUGUUCUCGAAACAAUUCCUCGUACGUUGACACGUGAAGAAUCCGACAUGAAAAAUGGAAUCGAGAAGAAGCUCAGCACGAUCUACCAGAAACGAUCUACCAGUUUCAAACCAGUUGAAGAGCCUGCCUUCACGUCUAUUGAAAAACCGUCGAAGAAGAAAAGCUCAGGACUGAAACCUCCAAGCUAUUGGCGUGUUAUGAGUCUUCUGAAGCCUUAUUGGUUCCGCGUUACUAUUGGAGUGCUUGUGAUGCAAAGAGGUUUCAUGGAGUGGGGAGGUCAAGAUCUUGUUCGCACAUUGCGGUCCUUGGCGUUUGAGAAAAUGCUCUAUCAAGACAUGAGUUUUUUCGAUCAUCCAGAUCAUACAACUGGCACAUUGUCCCAAAUUCUGUCAAGCGAUGUUCUUUUGAUCAAGGGAUGGAGUGGCGACAAUAUCGGAAUCAUCAUUCAGAAUGUUGCUUCUAUGGUUGCUGGAGUGAUUAUCGCAUUCACAGCUAACGCGAAACUUGCAGCUGUUGCAUUGGCGGCCUUUCUUGUGAUGAUACCUGCUUCUGCCGCUAGGAUGAAGUUCAUGAAGGGAUCGACCAAAGAGAUCGAGGAAGGUGCCGAGGUGAUUGAUUGCUGCGAUAAAUCAGUCUCACUUAUUUCACCCCAGACUGCUGGUUACGUCAUCAACGAAACAAUCACGAAUAUUCGCAUCGUAACGGCUUAUAAUUUACAAGCAGUAGGCAUGAGUCGUCCAUCAUUGUUGAUCAUUCCUCAUCUGCAGAGAAUGUUGGAAUCCUAUGACGCUGUUCUUGACCAGGAUUAUAAGGAUGGGAAGUUUAAUGCUCUUAUCGGGCAAUCGAUGAUCUUCAUCACUGACGUUAAAAAAGCAAAAGAAGCAGGCGCCCGAAUUUACGAAGUAAUUGAUCGCGAACCUCUUAUUGACGCUCGAUCAACUAUCGGGAAAGAGUUUAAAGAUUCAGAAGUCCAAGGGGCUGUUACUGUCUCGAAUAUCAAUUUCCGAUAUCCCAUGCGAACUGACGUUCCAGUCUUCAAAAAAAUUUCGUUUGCUGUGGAGCCAGGACAGACAGUCGCACUCGUGGGCGGGUCUGGAUGUGGAAAAUCAACUGUUAUUCAACUUUUGCAACGUUUCUACGACGUUGAAGUUGGAAUGGACUCAAAUAAGGAAUCAUCAGGAUUGUCAGUUGAUGGUGUCGAUGUCCGAGAUGUCACUGUCAAGAGUCUUCGUGGUGUGAUGGGCCUUGUGAGUCAGGAACCCAUUCUCUUCAAUACAACGAUCAUGGAGAACAUUCGUUAUGGCAAACCAUCCGCAAGUGAUGACGAGGUUAUGGCUGCAGCAAAAAUGGCGAACGCACACAAUUUCGUGGUCGAAUUUCCAGAUAGCUACAAUACGAUUGUUGGGAAAUUUGGCGGACAGCUCAGUGGAGGGCAGAAGCAAAGAAUCGCAAUCGCACGGGCAAUGAUCCGAAAUCCGAAGAUUCUGCUUCUGGACGAAGCAACAAGCGCGUUGGAUGCUGAAAGUGAGAAAAUUGUUCAGGCUGCCCUCGAUCAAUUGCUCGCCGAAUCGAAACGAACAACCAUUGUUAUUGCACAUCGUCUCUCGACCAUCCAGAAUGCUGACAAGAUUGUCGUCCUUGCAAAUCCGGACAGAGAAGGAUCAUCAGUUGUAGAAGUUGGAACCCAUGCAGAACUGAUGGGAAUACGGGAUGGUCCCUACACUGUCAUGGAAAGGCAGAAAAUGACGACCGAAUUUCGAAGAUAUUCCAAUGUUGGACAAUCAAUUAGCGUUUUGGCGGACCAGACAACUGUUCCUGCUUCAAGUUGGGUGUGCUGGGCAUGCUUUUUCCUCGUUGUUGUUUGA